CUGCACACGGUUCUUCAUCGCCCUGGAUCAAGAUGGCCUCGUCGUUUUGGAAAGGUGUUGUCGGCAUCGGUCUUUUUGCCUUAGCCCAUGCAGCUUUCUCCGCAGCACAGCAUCGAUCAUACAUGCGACUCACAGAGAAGGAAAACGAGACACUACCAAUUGAUAUUGUAUUACAGACCUUAUUAUCAUUUGUGAUGACCUGCUAUGGUAUCGUUCACAUUGCUGGAGAGUUCAAAGACAUGGACGCCUCCUCCGAGCUCAAGAACAAAACAUUUGAUACACUGAGGAACCACCCGUCCUUCUACCUCUUCAACCACCGGGGCCGGGUGCUGUUCCGCUCGCCGGAGGACGAACCCUCCUCUGCGCACAACCAGCAAGCGAUCCCCAACCCCAUACGGCUACGCAAGCUGGAGCACUUGCACUGAGACUGGUCCCUUCCACGCCUGUAACGACUUCCACGUUAGAUAAGAUUUUUUUUUCUUUUCGUUAGACAAGACGGAGGAGGCAAAAAAAAAACGAGAAUUCACCUCCCUCGGCGUUAACUUUUAUUUGUACAUAAACUAAUAUGCUCUCCAGACAUGCAUCUCUGUCCAUAAAAGUGAUCACCACGACAUUCAAUACUGACUGUGCCAACCCGUCAAUUUUUUUCAAGCAGAUUUGUUUGUAUAUACAGUAUGUAAUCGCUUUGUAGUCUUUAAGAUACGGAGACAUUCGGCCCCUUUUUGUCCUCUGAACUGAAUUGGGAUUUUUGCGACCCUGAAAUGAGUUUUGUCGUGUGAACUGAGGACCCUUUGUAUCCUCGGAUGAUUUCCUGGAGGCGUAGCGAGUCGUCCGCGAGUCCGCUUGAAUUAAAGAGGUUCGCUUUAGGCCAGAGGAAAUCAGCUGGAGGUGAGGUGGGAGAGCAGGAAGCGUUAGACAGCCGCUCCACUGAUACUGUGAAGGGCAAACUAGAAAGUAAUGGUACAUUAAUUUGGGUGAUGUUUUGUUUUUCCUUCCAUUUUACAUUUUGUUAAGAUUCAACAGAUGUUUUUAAUUUAAUAAAAAGGCUUACUGAUUUUACAA